UGGGGCAGUGUACAUGUAAAUGCUUUGGCAUCUGUUUUGGGUACGUGGGUGUGCUGCAUUUAGUCAAUUGCUAGAAGAUUUGAAUGAAUGCCCAUACACACAGCACUCAUCCACUGACUCUAUGCAACCAUGCAUAGCCAAGGCUAUAAAGUACCUAGUAACAGAAUAGUGCUAUCAGUCCACAGGAAGAAUAACUUCACACGAACAAAAAGUUGCCCACUAUUGUGAAAAACACUUUUGUGGUUCGAGUGAAGCAUUUACACACUAUUAUUGAUUUUGCACCAAGGCUGUUUAGUGGGUGGAUCGAAUGCACAGGCAGUGCAGCAUCACUACACAUACAAGGUUGCUACAGUUACAUCGUGAUGUGUGCCAAGUUACUACGGGUCAACCAUGUUCCCAAAGACUUCCGGGAACCGUUUAUCGUAUCCGGGUACCGGUCCUGCCGCAGCAGUUUCUCAGCCUGCAUACGGAGUGCCUUCAGUUUGAACAACGAAACUUUCAACUUUUGGACUCAUUUCGCAAGUUUUGUCUACUUCACGUGGCUUUUCACGCAAUGGUUGUGGUACGAGUUCAGAUUCGAUGUCGACCCGUUCACGUACCCACUGCAAGUGUACUUGGCGUCGGUCAGCUUGUAUAUGCUUGUCAGCAGUAUAGCGCAUCUCUUCAACUGUAUGUCAGAAAGGGCUCACCAUAUCUGCUUCUUUAUGGACUACAGCGCUAUCAGUAUCUACAGUCUAUCUUGCUGUAUCAUGUACAAUGUUUACGUCUUUCCAAAAAGCUGGAUUAAUUCGACGUUUCAUACAGUUUACAUUCCAUGUAGUGUUAUCAAUAGCCUACUGUGUACAUCACUAGGAUGUGUAGCACGCUUCGUAAACUGGAAGGCGCUUCGCGUGUCGGCGUUUGCUGUAAAAUAUCUAUUCUGCAGUUUUCCUUUAUUGUAUCGCUGCAUUUUUUGCGAAGACGACGAUUGCCAGGAUCCCAACGCCAUCCAGUUUCACGUUUAUCAGUUCAUCUUAUGCGCAGUUACCGUCGCCGUUUAUGCAACGCAUUUCCCAGAAGUCCUUGCUCCGGGGAAGUUUGACGUCUUCGGUCACAGCCACCAGUUUUUCCACAUUUUGAGCGGCAUCGCAAACUACUGCCAACUACAAGGCAAUAUUUUAGACAUGCAGUACAGACGUGAUUAUUUACUUUCUGUUUCACCGAUGCCGACUUUUGCAAACACGGCAGGCGUCGCGCUCUUUGCUCUAAUAAUAAAUAUCGCGAUAAUCGGUAUUUUCACGGGUAUGAUCUGGAAAAAGCAGCAUUUACGUAGAGUGAAGUCAAGGCAGGGUAUCUUAACGAUUGAUUGGGAAAAUUCCAAUAACAACGCUUUCAAAAACGGAAAAGUACAUUAAUGUGGAGUUACAAUUUUAAAUGGAGAGGCUCUUUUAUAAGUAUCAUUUGUACAGUAAUACAGAUAUUAUUCUAUAUUUUUUGUAGAAUAUUUUUUACAUUAUUUUGCACAAGUAGGCUUUACUAAAAAAAAAAAAAAAAAAUUCAGUAAAAUAAAAGAGUGAUUUUCUUUCUUAAUUACCGUAGGUAGUUUAUUAGUUUAUUCUCAACCAUUCUGGAAAUCUGGGAAAACUUUGAAAAUGAGUUUUAUAUUUUUCCAGUCAGGGAAAACUCAGGAAAUUUGGGAAAAACACUCGAGAUCUGGGAAAACUCAGGGAAUUAGACAGUGACCCAGAAGGGAAAGGUUUUCGCCAGUUUGGCGUAUGUGUGUCUUGUGCCGUGUGUCCAAGUUGUGUCUGUUGACUGACUGGCUAUGGUGGCUUUCUAGUGUUUAUGCAGUGUGAGUAUCUUGGUUGUUUUGCUGCAACCACCUCUUGAUUUCCCAGCAACCUCGUUCAAGUAAAAAUAUUUCUCAUGGAAUUUUUGGAAAUUUCUCAGGGAAAUACAUGUAUCAGGGAAAACUCAGGAAAGUUUAAUUUCAUAAACUGCUAUGAGUUCACGAAGUUUACAGAAAAGUUCUUUUUCUUAUAGAAAUUUUUUUUUUUAACUGAUGUUUACUUGAACAAAUACAAAAUUUUCCAUAACUUGAAAGUUUACAAACUUUUCCUGAAAUCUUUCCUGCUAAACAAUUCUCGAAACGGGUGCGUCCAUAUUUACUGCACGUAAAGUGAAAGCCACCUUUUUGUACCCUCUUCCGGGCAGAUAUUUGCAUAUGCAUGACUAGUAUUAACUAUGCAUGACUAGAUUUACAUAUGAAAGACCAGUAUUUGCAUAUGAAUGACUAAAAGAAUUUUCCUGUAGACGAAGGUCUUUUGUUGUCAGGAAAAAAUGCCUUGAAUUACAUUGAUUUUAAUCAUGUGAUGUUGUGUCGUUUGGAAUAAUGAACUCAGUAUUGCACAUGUGCAGGGUAUUAGGUCUUUCUCUUUCAAAAGUUCUCUUCAAGUUCGUACUUAAAAACUAAUUUUGUUAAUUUUGAGGUCCUUUAACUUAAAUGAGUUUACUUGUGGUUUACAUGGUGUAUUUAUUAAUAGCAAUUUAUCACAGUACUGUAAAAAAUAAUACAAAUAAAUACAUGAAGUUUUUUGUCUUUUCUUAUGGUUGAUUGUUUGUUUUAUGGAAGAUGUACGAAUUCUGGGCCUAAUAAAACUAAAUAAACAACUG